AUGUCGACAAAAAAUAUAAAUAAAUUGAAACUGAAUGCUCUUAUGUCACCUGCUUCUUCAAAUAUUAGGAUCUCGAAAAAUACUGCUUAAUAAUUGUCAAAUAAUGGUGUUAGUCCGAAAAUGUUAUCUAAAAGCCCUAACUACUCUCAAUACAUGCAACAUUAAUUAUCCUAAAUUUAUACUCCUCCUAAGGAAAAGUUAUCAUCGAUAAUAAAUAUCUCAUAAUCAGAGAGAUCCGUUUAUUCUUUUAGGAUUCCAACUUUAAGAAUGAAGGAGAAAUGCUUUAUUAAAAAGUAAUAAUAAUAUAAAUUGGGAUAAAGUUCAUUUGAAAUUAGUCUCACUACUAAUACAUCCUCAAUUUUUAUAUUCAAAGGAUCAAUUUAGGAAAUGAGUCUAUUCAAAGUCAUUCAAAUGACUAGAGCUGAACUAUAAGCAAAAUCCUCAUCAAUUUAUCAAGCUCGAUAAAACUUACUAUUAAAGAUACAACAGAAUCUAAACGUUCCAAAAAGUUAUACACAAUUAUCUUUGGGAAAUUACGAAGCUAUACAAUUUAUGGAAGAGAUUCCUCUCAAUUGCAAUGUUUUACUUUUGAGCAAAACAGUAAAUAAAGAUUUUUGGAAUAUUAUUUUAAAUUAUCAUAAUUUUUAAUUUACUCCUUAAAAAUUCGCAAAAAUCCUUACUAUCAUAAGUAAAAUUAAUGAAAUAAAUGAUCUACUUAAAUUUAUUUUAGAUAAAGAUGUAUUUUAUACUUAUAUGGAAUUGAAAGAAGUUUUUCUGAAUGAAGAUUUACUUACAAUGAAAAGAAAUCCCCUAGCAAUGAAAGAUUUCUAUAAGAGUUUAAAUGUCUAUGAUUAAGAGAAAUAAUAAUUCAUUGAUGAACCAAUCACGUAAAAAUAAAUGGAGGCCGAUUCCCUUAAAGUUGAACAUGAUAAAGAAAUGAAAAAGGAUUUUACACUUUUGAAACUCAAUCCAAACCCUAAUGAUUUUCAACUCAUUUUAGAAAAGGAAGGGUUGUUGAGUCCGUCCAAUAAAAGACCGUCUAGUCGAUACUUAAAACUCCCUAAUUUUAGAACUCAAUAUGGCGAAAUAUUAAAGUAAUAAACGAUCUAAUAAAAACACAAGAAUAAGUAUACCAAUAUACCAGAUCAUAUAGCAAGAAAUAUAUUGCAUAUGACUCACUACAAUUUCCCAUAACUAAUGAAGGAAACAGGUUUCGAUAGAUAAGAAAUUUAUGAAGUAUUUAGUCGAUAUAAAGCUUUACUUAGUUAUGAAUGUUCUCAAAUUCCAGGAUUAACGAAAGAGAUGAUACCAAAUGGCAUCUCUAGAGAAGCUUUUAAUGCUGGCUUAGAAGAAUUGUCUAUGGCUCCACCUGGAGUGGUAGAUCAAAUAUUUAAAUUUUUUGCAAAGUAGAAUUCAUUAGGCUUUGAAGGGUUUUUAAAAGCUAUCAACUUAAUUAGAGCAAAAGGAAAUGAUAAUAAGAUUGAACUAAUAUUGAAAUUAAUUGAUGAGAACGAGAAUGGGCUAUUGUCCUAUGAGGAAAUUAAAAACAGAUGUAGUUUUAUGAUGGAAGAAAUGCUGAAGGACUCAAAGGGUGAAUUAAGUGUCAAUAACAUGAUUGAAUAUGUGACAAGAUCAAUAUUUGAUGCAGUCAAGAUGAAUUACAAUGAAGAAAUUCCGAUUGAUAAGAUUAGAAAACUGAUAGAAAGUAAAACACAUGAAGCUUAGGUGUUGAUAAUGAUGUGUUGCGGAGAUGUUGAUUAUCUAAAAUGA